CUUUUAGUUCACGCACAGUCCCAUUGUUAUUCCAUAGUUCCUCGCAUUCUCUUUUUUUCUAUUUACAUCAAUCCUGCAAGAGGGCUAUUUUUUACUUCCAGCCAGCUAGCUGUCUUGUCUGUAGUUAUCGUACAGUUGAGCUCACAACCUAACUUCUAGGGGAAGAGAAAGUUCCGGAACAAUGGCUCUGCUGGAAGCUCGUGUGAAAAGUGUCCUCUCUGGCGACACGCUUGUCUUGACACAUGUGACCAACCGGAGCCAGGAGAGGAUCCUCAGUCUCGCCUACGUGUCAGCUCCAAGGUUACGUCGGGAAGGGGAUGAGGCGUUUGCUUUCCAAUCCCGGGAAUUCCUCCGCGAACUCCUCGUCGGCAAGGUGAUCCAGUUCCAAAUCCUGUACUCCAUCCCCACUGGAGCGAAGCGAGAGUAUGGUAUCGUGAAGCUGCCUGGGGGCAGGGAGUUGCCGGAGCUCUGCGUCUCUGAGGGAUGGGCCAAAGUUCGUGAGGAUGCCGGUCGGCGAGACGAGUCCGAAGACACUGCGCUGCUGCUCGACAAGCUGCGAGAGCUCGAGUCCCGGGCACGUGCUGAAUCCAGGGGCGUCUGGGGCCAGGGUGGGAAUAUCGAGGUUUCGUAUGAGGUUUCGGAUCCGAAAGCUCUCGUGGACGGUAUGAAGGGCAGUAUGAUUGAUACUGUGGUGGAGAGGGUGCUCAAUGGCGAUCGACUACUCGUCCGCAUGCAGGUCUCACCUGAGAAGCAUAUCCAGACCAUCCUUGUGGUAGCUGGCAUUCGGGCCCCUUCUGCCAAGCGGGUAAGCGCAGAUGGGACGGAGCAGGCCGGUGAGCCGUACGGUGACCAGGCGCAACAAUUCGUGGAGAUGAGGCUAUUGCAGAGAAAGGUCAAGGUGUCUCUACACGGGACCACGCCGCAGAAUCAGCUCGUCGGUACCGUCCUUCAUCCCAAUGGAAAUAUCGCCAAGUUCUUGCUCGAAGAGGGUCUCGCGAGGUGCGCCGAUCAUCAUUCUACCCUCCUGGGUGGUGAAAUGGCUACAUUCAGACAGGCGGAGAAAAAGGCCAGGGACGCCCGCAAGGGAUUGUUUGCUGCGCAUGUUGCACCCAGAGCUACCCCGUCGGCCGGUGCGGACACAGACUUCGUAGUCAGCCGUAUCUUGAACGCUGAUACCAUUUUCGUGCGAAAUAAGGCCGGAAAGGAGAAGAAAGUCAGCCUUUCCAGUGUGAGACAGCCAAAACCUUCGGACCCUAAGCAGGCCCCGUUUGGAAUCGACGCGAAGGAGUUCCUACGGAAGAAGCUUAUCGGGAAGCAUGUCAAGGUUACGGUUGACGGAAAGAGGCCUGCCACUGAAGGUUUUGAGGAGCGUGAGGUUGCCACUGUGAUGGCUGGCAAUACAAAUAUCGCUCUUGCUCUGGUAGAGGCUGGUUACGCUUCUGUUAUUAGGCAUAGACGUGACGAUGAUGACCGGUCUCCUGAUUAUGAUAGCCUAUUACAGGCCGAAGACGUCGCCCAAAAGGAACAAAAGGGCAUGUGGUCGUCGAAGCCGCCUAAGACCAAGCAAUAUCAAGACUAUUCCGAGAGUGUUCAAAAGGCUAAAAUGGCAUCUUCGGUGCUUCAAAGGCAGAAGAAAGUUCCCGGCGUUGUUGAUUUUGUGAAGUCGGGCGCGAGAUUUACGGUCUUGAUCCCACGCGACAACGCUAAGCUCACCUUCGUCCUCUCCGGAAUCCGGGCUCCUAAAUCUGCUAGAAAUCCAGGCGAAGCUUCCGAACCAUUUGGCCAAGAAGCUCACGACUUUGCAAAUCGCAGGUGUAUGCAGCGCGACGUGGAGAUUGACGUUGAGACCAUCGAUAAAGUUGGAGGAUUCAUUGGCACUCUUUAUGUGAAUCGGGAGAAUUUCGCUAAGAUACUUUUGGAGGAAGGUUUAGCGACCGUCCACGCCUACUCCGCAGAACAAUCGGGGCACGGCCCAGAGCUCUUUGCCGCGGAAAAGAAAGCCAAAGAGGCUAGAAAGGGAAUCUGGCAUGACUGGGAUCCAAGCAAGGACGUGGACGAGGAAUAUGAUGAACCGGCCCCUGCCAAUGGGACCGAGGCUGCUGAACCUACCCAGCGACGGAAGGACUACCGGGACGUCCUCAUUACAAAUAUUGAGGACGACGGUAGACUGAAGGUGCAGCAGAUCGGUGCUGGUACUACUGCGCUGACCGAUCUAAUGAAUUCUUUCCGCGCAUUCCACUUGAGUGGAGCGAAUGCUAAGCCGUUGGACUCCCCUCCCAAGGCCGGAGACCUUGUGGCCGCCCAGUUCACGGAGGACAAUGAAUGGUACAGAGCCAAAAUCCGUCGCAAUGAUCGCGAAGCCAAGCAGGCCGAUGUCGUGUACAUCGACUAUGGAAACACUGAGAGGAUUCCCUGGAGUCGCUUGCGCCCGCUCUCAGCGCAGUUCUCCGUACAGAACUUGAAGCCACAGGCUGCUGACGCGGUGCUUGCGUUUGUUCAGUUCCCGAUGUCUCCUGAAUACCUGGCCGACGCUAGACGGUUCAUCGCCGAACAGACAUUCGAUCGUCAAUUGGUCGCAAACGUUGAGCACGUCACACCGGAGGGAACCCUGUCCAUUACGCUGCUCGACCCAUCAAACUCUGAGAACCUCGAACAGAGUAUCAAUGCUGAUCUUGUCCGCGAGGGCCUUGCGAUGGUACCCCGCAAGCUCAAGGCUUGGGAGCGUUCUGCAGGUGAUACAAUUGGGUCUUUGAAGAAACUGGAGGAGGAAGCUAAGGAACAACGGAGAGGAAUGUGGGAGUACGGCGAUAUCACUGAAGAUUAGAUGAAAAGCCCCCGCUUUUUCUAGCUGAACGUUUGAUGGUAGCC